AUGUUGUGUCAAAUGAGAAAGGAUAUGGAGGCAAAGAAUGAUGGAAAGAAUGGAAAGAAUGGAAAGACGGGAGAUGAAAAUGAAGAUGGAGAGAUUAAAUUCGGAGUAGCAAACGUCUAUAAGCUGACAAGAAGAAUUAUGAGAUGCGAUCAGGAGAUUUGCACAGGGUUUUCACAAGAGGGCGAGGAACUUUACGUAAGUUAAGACUUUGUACCAUAUUACAAUGCUUACAUUGCUAAUACAAUCGCUAGAAUGAACCAGGAGAUUAUACGACGCUCUUUCGAAACCAUUUCGCUGCUCCGCUCCUCAGCCGCCUCCGGAAUUCGUCUAGAACUUCUAAUCACGAUGGUACACCAAUGUAA